AUGGCAAUGAGCAGAAAGUUGCCUGAUGAAAUGAUAGAAGAGAUAGUCUCCCGGAUGCCUGUAAAAUCGCUUAUUCUUAUCUCUGAUGUUUCUCAAUCUCUUCACUCUCUUCAUAUUAACCCUAACCCCCAAAAUGAAAUUGAUGCAAUUUCAACCGAGCUUAGUUUUCAGGGAAAAUGGAAGAAAAUUGUUGGUUCAUAUAAUGGCUUGGUAUUGGUGUUGAAUGAGGAAGAUGUUGCAUUUUUAAUCAACCCCACAACCUUAGAAUACCAUAGAAUUCCAAACUCUCCUCUGGCUCUUCCAAAGCGUGGUACCUCUACCGCGUAUGCCCUUGGGUAUGAUUUUUCUAGUGAUGAUUAUAAGGUUAUUAAUUUUUUUUGUUAUAGAGGUGUACUUGAAGGUGACCUUUUCUGUACAUUUGUGGAUGUCUACUCCGCGAGAAUGAGUUUUUGGAGGAGACUUGAGAGUAUAUCUCAUAAUGGUGCAAUUCCUAUUCACGGUUUUGGAGUUUUCCUAAAUGGGGCAUUGCAUUGGCUGGCUGGUAAAUAUUAUUGUUCUCCAUCUGUAAUUGUUGUUGUUAAUCUAACUGAUGAGGAAUUAUUCGAGGUGCCUAUACCUACCAUUACUACUACUUCUCUUUUGCACGUUUAUGGAAUUGUGGCUCUUAAAGGGUGUCUUUGUGUAUUGGGUAAUAGAAUAAGUGAAAAUGAAAUUGAUGUUUGGAUGAUGAAAAAUUAUGGGGUUGUGGAGUCGUGGACCAAAUUUUGUGUUGUAAAAAACACUUCCCCUUUUUGUCCCACACCCGUGUGUUUAAUGAGUGGCGAUGACAUCAUAUUAGCUGCGCCUGGGAAAGCGAAGUUUAUUAUCUACAAUAAGAAAAACGAACAAGAGAGAGAUGAAUGUUUAUGGAAAAACUUCUAA